GCAGUCCCGAACACUGCUUUUUGGCUAAAAUGCCCAGUGAUGUCAACUCUGUCCCUGGAUUUCUACAACCCGAUGAGUCAAUAUUCAGAAGAGACGUCAAAAGGAAAGGGUUCAAUAGACAGAAAACACACCAGACAGUUCCGGGAGCCCCAGAACCCUGGUCUCUGCUGGCGCGGGAAGCCAAGACGUCACUUAAACGCGCUGCCGCCCCCUCGCCCCGCCCCGCCCCGCCCCUGCGCGGAAGUCUAGCCAGGCUUUCGAGUCACUACCCUGCCCACCUGGGUGGCGCGUGGCUUACGCAACGGUUACUGGGCUCCCGGGCCAGCGAGGGCUGCGCAAAAAGUUGUAGCAUGCACACCACAGAAUCAAAAGAUGAACAUUUGGAGGAUGAAAACUUCCAAACAUCUACAACUCCUCAGAGUCUCAUUGAUCCUAACAGUACUGCACAUGAAGAAACUAAAAUUGUCCUAUCAGAUACAGAAGAAAUAAAACCACAGACAAAAAAGAAGACAUACAUUUCUUGUCCUCUAAGAGGAGCAUUGAAUGUAAUUAUUACAAAUGGAGUUAUACUCUUUGUGAUAUGGUGUACGACCUGGUCAGUCUUAGGCUCUGAAGCUCUCCCUGGUGGAAAUUUAUUUGGAUUGUUAAUUAUUUUUUAUAGUGCCAUUAUUGGGGGAAAGAUUUUACAACUCAUUAGAAUACCUUUAGUGCCUCCACUUCCACCUCUUCUUGGGAUGUUACUGGCUGGUUUUACGAUUAGGAAUGUUCCAUUCAUCAGUAAACAUGUCCAUGUUCAUAACACGUGGUCUUCAAUUUUAAGAAGCACUGCCCUUACCGUUAUUCUAAUACGAGCCGGGCUUGGACUCGAUCCACAGGCUUUGAGGCAAUUGAAGGUGGUUUGUCUCAGAUUGGCUGUAGGUCCAUGCCUUGUGGAAGCUAGUGCAGCUGCUGUUUUUUCCCACUUCAUUAUGAAAUUUCCCUGGCAAUGGGCAUUUCUAUUAGGUUUUGUUCUAGGUGCUGUCUCUCCUGCUGUUGUUGUCCCUUCCAUGAUGGUGUUGCAAGAAAAUGGAUAUGGUGUUGAGGAAGGCAUUCCAACCUUACUAAUGGCUGCUAGCAGUAUGGAUGAUGUUCUGGCUAUCACUGGAUUCAAUACAUGCUUGAGCAUAGUCUUCUCCUCGGGUGGUAUAGUUAAUAACGCCAUAGCCUCUAUAAAGAGCGUAUCUAUUAGUCUGCUGGCAGGAAUUGUUUUGGGAUUUUUUGUUCGAUAUUUUCCAAGUGAAGACCAGAAAAAACUUGCAUUGAAGAGAGGAUUCCUUAUUUUGACUAUGUGUGUUUCUGCUGUCUUAGGCAGCCAACGUAUAGGUUUACAUGGAUCUGGAGGAUUAUUCACCCUAGUGUUGAGUUUCAUUGCAGGGACAAAAUGGUCCCAAGAAAAGAUGAAAGUCCAAAAGAUUAUUACAAAUGUAUGGGAUAUUUUUCAACCACUUCUUUUUGGUUUAGUUGGAGCAGAAGUAUCUGUUUCAUUGCUUGAAUCAAAUACUAUUGGCAUAUUUGUUGCCACUCUGAGUUUGGCAUUAUGUGUUCGAAUUUUAAUCACAUAUAUAUUGAUGUGCUUUGCUGGUUUUAGUUUUAAGGAGAAAAUAUUUAUUGCUUUAGCAUGGAUGCCCAAAGCUACAGUACAGGCUGUGUUAGGUCCUCUGGCUCUAGAAACAGCAAGAGUCUCUGCACCCCACUUGGAACCAUAUUCAAAGGAUGUGAUGACAGUAGCAUUUUUAGCCAUCUUGAUCACAGCUCCAAAUGGAGCUCUACUUAUGGGCAUUCUGGGGCCUAAAUUGCUUACACGCCAUUAUGAUCCAAGCAAAAUAAAACUGCAAUUGUCAACGUUAGAACAUCAUUAAAAAGUUUACUUGUCAUCAUCUGCCUGCUUCUUUUAAUGAUUUAUUUCACAUGACAGAAGAAUUUUAAAGUAGAAAUAUGUGCGGACUGUACAGAGAAUCCAGGAUUUAGUAAAUAUGUGAUUUCAGUACAGGGCUUUUCUUGGAUUUUUUACUCCAAAGUUAAUUUAAUAAAAAUAAUAUUAAAUGGAAUGCUCUCGGUAUUUACACACUGUAAGAACAAAUUAAAUCUGUAAAUACCCUAGGAAAGUUUAAAGUAAUCCCUCAGGCUGAAUUUUAUAUCAUAACAAAAACUGAACUUAAUAUUAAAUUAAACAAACUUAAUGGCAGAAAGAAAAAACUUUGAAUAUUGAACUUGGUAAGAUAGCCUAAGUUUCCAAACAGGAGAAGUAGAACUCCCCAUGAUGUCCAGUAAUUCAGUUAAAAAGAUCACCACAAAAAGAAAAAAAAAAAGGAAUAAAACACAUCAACUUUGAGUUAACGAAAUAGAUUUUAAAUUCUAGUUUUGGUGACUACCUGAAUAAAUAAUAUGUAAAGUAAUACAACCAAGUUACUCUUUCCCUACUUCUGCCAUGCCCUUAAAAUGAAAGUCUGGUUUAGCAGUUUUUAGAUGAAACACUAUCUAUAUUUUUAUUUAUAGAAAUAAAAUUAAAUCACAAACGGAAAUAAACUAUAUUUUUUCAAUUAGUAUUUUAAAAUCUAGGCAUAAAAGGCAGCCUCCAAAAAUGAAAGAUUUGGAGACUACUGUCAUGUGGCAGUUUCUUCUCCUUAGUAAUACAGAAUUACCUUUUAAUUCUGGCUGAUUAAAUCUGCCAUGUUAAUGUAGAACCCAUCACAAGCAAAAUGAGUUUUAAUUAACUCAAGACUCUUUAUUUUAAAGUUAUAAGAGUCAUAUAAAGUUAAAAGAGUCAUUCUCAAAUGGCCUUAUUGAAUGGCAUCUUAGAAAUUGUUUAGACUUCUUUGGCAAAACCUCAAUGCAAGGACUGAAUAUUACUUUCGUUCCCCUUUUUUCCUCUUCUCCACAAGCAAGCUAUUAAAAUACCACAGAAUAUGAAAUUUACACAUAAAUUUGCCAAGUGAAACAAUUAAAAUUUAAGGCAAUCGAAACUGUGUGUUAUUCCAUUAAGACUAAGGGCUUUCACAGAAUAUAUCCCCAAAACUGCCAAAAGUUCUAAAACCCUCUGGAAAAUAACUCUUUGAAAAUA